UUCCACGUGGCGAGUUCCACACAGGCCUAGAAGGACACCAUCAGGAGCAUAGGCCUCUCAUUCGGCGAAACUAGUCUCGACCAUCACGAUACGCCGUCAGCCUUCGCACUCGACGAACGCGAGUCCGGUUGACCUAGUAGACACGAGCGGACACUUUUUCAACACACGGUUCUCUGUCGGCAGCAGCAAGCAGCGGAGCGAGGUUGUGAAAGAUGCCGGUGAAUAUCAAGAACCCGGCCAUCAAGCGUAUACACGCCGACGUGCGGGAGCUUAUGAAGGACCCUUCCGACCAGUACCACGCCGCGCCCCUUGAGUCCAACCUGUUCGAGUGGCACUUCACCAUAAGGGGCCCGCCCGACACAGAGUUCCAGGGAGGGGUUUACCACGGCCGAAUCAUCCUCCCGCCGGAGUACCCCUUCCGGCCGCCGGACAUCAUGUUCAACACACCCAACGGGAGGUUCAGCACAGGCAUGAAGAUCUGCUUGACGAUCUCGUCUUACCAUCCUGAGUACUGGCAGCCGGCAUGGGGUAUCCGCCUCAUCUUGGAGGCGUUGAUUAGCUUCUUCCCCUCGCCCUCGCACGGUGCUUUGGGGGGGUUGGACUGGUCCGCGGGGGAGCGCAAGCGAUUAGCCGUGGAGUCGAGACAGUGGAAGUGCUACAAGUGCGGGGUAGUCGCCGACCUCCUCCCCGAGCUCCGGCCCAAGGGCGAGAGCGGCGGCGCGAGCAGCCGCAGCAUCUACGCGGACCAGAUCAAAGAGCUGCACAAGCUCAAGGCAAAGACUGCUGACGAGGUAGCCGCAGAGUCUCCAGUCACUGCCGCUGCUGCUGCAGCGGCUAGUGAUGACCGUGAUCCUGGCACUACCGGCAGCGAGUCUCCCAGCGGAAAGAUUGGUUCUACGAAAAAAGAGGCGGAGGUGAUAGCGCAAGCCUCCGGCAAAAAAUGCGGUGGAAUCGGUGCCAUUUCGAAGACGACGGCGACAACGGCUCCGUCAAGUCCUCGGCUCCGGAGCGUGGGCGGGGGGCCGGCGGAGGGAAGGGGCGGUCCGACGCCGGCCCAUGCCAACGCCAGGGGUACGAGCGAGGUCGAGGGGGACGGGGGGCAGCAGCAGAAGCAGGAGUCGAGGGAAGAAUACCUUGGGCGGGAGGACGACGUGCUUUCGUUUGUCGCGGUUGCUAUCGCCCUCGCGAUCGUCGGGAUUUUGGUCCGGAAGGCCCUACGCCUUGCUGAGGUGAUCUGAACGCUCCGCUCGCGGAAAAUGUGUUUUUUCCCUGCGGUUGCGGCGGUGCCGUGGAAAGGAGCGCUCAGAGACGUGUGAAUACCGAGGCCUUUGUUUGAUGUUGUGGCACAACGAGCAGUACCAUGGUAACAUGGUACCAAAAUGCGUGUGCUUCCGUGGUGAACUGUUCUGGUUGUACAGAUUGUGCGGUGGUGAUGUUUGUGUGAGUGGCAAAACGACAGCAACGGGAAAGCAGUUUGUUUUCGUUCCUACUUGGCACGUACGAAUGACUGUGAGACGUAGUCGCUAGGUUUUCCUGCAGAGGGGAGAGGGAUAGCCCCGGUCAAACCUCCACCCCACAAUGUAAAAGUAAAAUAUACCAAAUUUUAAUCACAAAUUGAGGUUAGCAGUUGGCAGCGCGAUAUUUUAUUUGUCGAAGCUGGGGCAGUUGCUUGGAAGGAUCUGCAACCCCGUACGUUGUUGCGACCAAAACCUUUCUGUGUUGGGACGAUGGCCGUCUUGUAUACUCAUCGCUGGAGAUAGGUUUUCCUGUCAUUUUAGCUGUAAGUGGCCAAAGGUUGGUUUGUUGGGUGGCGCGGUUAAUGAAGGUGCUUGCAGUGAGCUAACUUUCUCCGAAUGCCAGUGGACGGUGUGCGUGCGGCUUAAAACCACCGAAUCGCUUAGUUGUGCAGCAUAUUCGUGACGUUCGUGAAGCACCACCCCGCCAACGCGCCGAACCGAAAACACGCGCGAGAGCUAUUCAUUACACUUUCCGGUGAAACAAACGCCACACUCGGAUUGGCAGCAGAUUUUGGCAGGGUGUGGCCGCAGACUCCCUUCCCGCCAGUCAGGUCGCUUGCUCUGUACCAUAGGGGGGCCGCUUGUUUGGUGGAUACCUGAGUAGCAAGAUCGUAUUUGCCCAACUGUGGCGUUGAUCUCAUUAGAUAAGAUAGCAUUGUUUGGAUUUGCUGGGGAUUCGGCCUUCGCGAGCACAUAGCCCUAGCCUUGACCAUUGCUCAGGAUGUCCACCGCAAGGGAUAUGUUGUUUUCUAGUAAAUGUCUUCAACCUGCGGGCAUUACUUUAAUGUCGUCUUUAACAACUGCGAACACCGAAAAAAUGGCUGAAACUGACAGCCCCUACGCAUACCUUGCUCUUUCAAAACUACCACCACGCAAUGCAAUCACGCUAAGGUCGCUAACCGGCAGGACUGGUGGGCAUGGGGCAUGUGCCCCCGCGGCACAGUAGCCCUAGACGUCGCUGAUCAGCAAGCGUAAUCUGCGGCAAACGUACAUACCAUGUUGUAUCACACUGUAUUACCGACAAAUAACCAAAAAACACACAGCAUGUAAAAAGAAAACACAAAGCUGACAUGUUCCCUCGAGCUUUCAAAAAUACACAAAAGUAACGUUUGCCUCUCACGAACUCUCCCUCCUGAGGACACUAUGCGGUGCACCGCAGCCAUGCUAUACUUCCAACCCUGAAUGUCGGGCGGAAAGGGGUAUUUCCGGCGGGAACCCAUUCUACUCGCUGGCACCUCGCAAAUGCUUCCAAGAAAUCAGCCCCGAUACUACUCAAUUGUUGCUCAGCAACAGUCAGGAAUAGAGGGCGAGCGGGGGGGGGGGCAAGUCUAAAAGUCUACACCGGCAAACGCUCCGCUUGCUCCGCUGCGCUUCGGUAUUAAAGCGCUCCGCAUCCUUUUGGAACAGUGGCAUCCCGGAGCCCCCCCCCUAGAAUGCGUCGCGCGGCUGUUCACGUGCUUACCUCGCACAUCACAGCAGUCGUUCGUAAUCUCUGCCACACUACUGUUGUUCCCGCUAACCUCUGCCACUACCGUUGUUCCCGCUACCGACGUUGAUGGUGCUCCCUCCCCCUAACCCUAUCAUGCUGCCUCGUAAGCGGUUGGUACCCCAACCGACACAAAACUGUCCAGGCUUGGUAGCACGGCUGUCGCCGCGCCUUGAUGUUCAGCUGCUGCCGUAUCUUUGCCCCUCAGAAUCGCUGCUGCAGCCUGUGUGUCGCCGUUUCGAUCGCCCUUGGUGACCUCAACGCUUUUCCCUUGAGGGGUCACAAAUACGUGUACGUCUGAAGCGUAGCGGAAUUUCCUCGGAACGCAGGAUUAUCACCACCCGUAGGGCCGACGUUCUUCCGAACCUUCUUGCCAGAGCUUACGAAAAAGAAACGGGAAAAAAGAGGGAUGGAGAGACGGAAGACCCGGCGAAUCAAC